CCUGCAGCUGAUGUAUUCUCGCGGCUCAUUGGUCGAUCUGCUCAUCAAAUCAAACGUCAGUCGUUACGCAGAGUUCAAGAACGUCACCAGGAUCCUCACCUAUCGCCAUGGAAACGUGGAACAGGUCCCCUGCAGCAGAGCCGAUGUCUUUGCGAGUCGUCAGCUGUCUGUGGUAGAAAAAAGGAAGCUGAUGCGUUUCCUCACUUCCUGUGUGGAGGAGACAGAAGAGCAACAAGCCUACAAUGGUCGGCCAUAUUUGGAGUACCUGCAUGACCAGCAGCUCGGUGACAACCUGCAGCACUUCCUGCUCCACUCCAUUGCCAUGGUAACAGAGGACACGCCCACUGAGGAGGGCCUCGCGUCCACGCGUCACUUCCUGCGCUGCCUGGGUCGUUAUGGAAACACGCCCUUCCUGUUUCCUGUCUACGGCCUUGGAGAGAUACCCCAGUGUUUCUGUAG